AUGGACCAGCAGAAGCGGUCGCCGCCUUACGAAGGCCAUUCUUCUGGCUCCGAAGCCAGACAGCUCACUCCCGGUGCGAAGAAGCGACCUUCGAGAGCCGGCACCCGCAGCGUCACCACCCUCACCGCCGCUCAGCUCGAGCGAAAGAGAGCGAAUGACCGAGAAGCACAGCGAGCUAUCCGUCAAAGAACAAAAGACCACAUCGACACUCUUGAACGCCAGGUUCGCGACCUCACUGCGCAACUGGAGAACAACUCCUCCACCAAGAUGAUGGACCUCAUCCGGAGGAACGAGGAGCUCGAGCAAGAGAACGCAGUCCUCCGCGCCCGCCUGUCACACGCCGUAUCGGCACUGGGAGUCCCAGAAUCAGGAGCAGGCGCACCUUCACCGAGUGAUCGGGUUCAGAUGCUCAGCCAACCCCGGAGAAUGUCUACUGGAACGGCGAGGAGCGCACAUUCAGUCCCCGAAAUAGCGACGCCCGUGUCUCAACCUGGACACUGGCAGUCGCAGCACACGUACGCCCACCACGUCUCCUCACCGCACGUUGAUACGCCACCUGCCAUGGGUGAAGUCCAAGCGCCACAGCACGAGGGAGUUCGCUGGAGUCCUCACCCCAGCCACCCUCAGCAACAGCACCACCAAGUUUCCAUGCCAGUGCAGGAUGCGUCGGUCCAUGCGGUUGAGCAGCCCAACAUGUCAUACCCAAGCCCAUAUGUCAUGGAGAGCAACGCGCGAGCCAUGUCUUACCCUCUUGAGAACGCCUCCAUGGUCACUUCUCAGCCGAUGCCAAUGUCCGGUUACGGUACACCGACCUCGCAUCCUUCGCCUCAUGCCUCGGAGUACCAACGACACAUGAGUGUUCCUAUGCAUCACCAGCCCGUCCAAGGCCAAGGCCCACCUCAGCACCAGCACCAGCAACAUCACACAUCUGCUCCCUACGGCUCCUACCCUGUUGGUCCCCAGCAAGGCUACCCUCCCCAGGUUAGCCAUGGCAGUGAGAUGCCCAUGAUGCACGCACAGCACGGCCAGCCGCAGAUGAUGAACGAGCAAGGACAGCACAUCAUCUACCAGCCAUACCAGUCCAACAUGAAGGUUGAGCAUUGA